AUGGCGGAACCGCCGGGCCCAGUGCACGGCGCUCCCGCCGCCGCCGCCGCCGCCGCCGCCGCCGCCGCCGCCGAGAAGGAACCGUUUGGCAAAUUGCAGCCCCCGUUCCGGGACCCACCGGGUCCUCUGUCGGCCAAGAAGGUCCGGACUGAGGAGAAGAAGGCGCCGCGGAGACUGAACGGAGAAGGGGGCAGCGGCGGGAGCAGCAGGCAGCUGCAGCCGCUGGCGGCACCUUCGCCUCAGGGCUAUGGCAGCCCCGCGCCCUGGGGCUUCCCGGCGCCGCCCGCCGCGCCCUCCCCGCCCUCCGCUCGGGGCACUUUCUCUUUCUCGGCUGGCGCGGCGGUCCCUUCCUCAGCCUCCGCUCCCUCGCCGCAGCCGGUGCCGCGCAGGCUGCUGGUCCCUCCUCCGCCGCUGCGCGCUCAGCCGCCCCACCUCGCGCUGCCCGCCGCCGCCAAGCCGCGCCGGCCCAAGGAGAAGCGGGACAAGGAGAGGCGGAGGCACGGCCUGGGCGGCGCGGGCGAGGCCGGCGGGGCCGCCCGCGCGGAGAACGGGGAGGUGAAGCCGCUGCCGCGAGAUAAAAUCAAAGACAAAAUUAAAGAGAGAGAUAAAGAAAAAGAGAGAGAGAAGAAGAAGCAUAAAGUAAUGAAUGAGAUCAAGAAAGAAAACGGAGAAGUAAAGAUUUUGCUGAAAAGUGGGAAGGAGAAACCAAAAACAAAUGCAGAAGACUUACAAAUAAAAAAGGUAAAGAAGAAAAAGAAAAAGAAACACAAAGAGAAUGAAAAACGGAAGCGUCCAAAAAUGUAUAGCAAAUCAAUUCAAACCAUCUGCUCAGGAUUGCUAUCUGAUGUUGAAGAUCAAGAAGCCAAAGGCAUCCUAAGUGAUAAUGUAAAGGAUUACAGUGGAAAGAAUUUGGAUAACAAGAACUAUGAUUCCAAAAUUCCAGAGAAUAAUGAGUUUCCAUUUGUCUCAUUAAAGGAGCCACGGGUUCAGAAUAACCUCAAAAGGUUGGACACUUUGGAGUUCAAACAGCUCAUUCAUAUUGAGCACCAGCCUAAUGGAGGCGCAUCCGUUAUCCACGCCUACAGUAAUGAACUCUCCCACCUGUCUCCUGUGGAGAUGGAGAGGUUUGCAGAAGAGUUUGUGGGUCUAGUGUUCAGUGAAAAUGAAAACUCUGCAGCUUUCUAUGUAAUGGGUAUUGUUCAUGGGGCAGCUACUUAUUUACCUGACUUUUUAGACUACUUUUCAUUUAAUUUUCCCAAUUCACCAGUGAAAAUGGAGAUAUUAGGAAAGAAGGAUAUAGAAACGACGACUAUGUCCAAUUUUCAUGCUCAGGUAAAAAGAACAUAUUCUCACGGUACUUACAGAGCUGGCCCAAUGCGACAGAUCAGCCUGGUGGGAGCAGUUGAUGAAGAAGUGGGAGAUUACUUCCCUGAGUUCCUUGACAUGUUGGAAGAUUCACCAUUUUUAAAAUGUACACUGCCAUGGGGGACACUAUCUAGUCUAAAAUUAGAGAGUCGAAAAGACAGUGAUGAUGGUCCCAUUAUGUGGGUACGCCCAGGAGAACAAAUGAUCCCUGUGGCUGAUAUGCCAAAGUCACCUUUCAAAAGGAAAAGAACUACCAAUGAAAUAAAAAACCUGCAGUACCUACCUCGAACCAGUGAGCCCCGUGAGAUGCUCUUUGAAGACAGGACAAGAGCCCAUGCAGAUCAUAUAGGACAAGGUUUUGAAAGACAGACUACAGCUGCUGUUGGAGUGUUGAAGGCUGUGCACUGUGGAGAGUGGCCUGCUCAACCCCGAAUAACCAAAGAUGUAAUUUGUUUUCAUGCUGAAGAUUUCUUAGAAGUAGUUCAACGAAUGCAGUUAGAUUUACAUGAGCCUCCACUUUCUCAGUGUGUCCAGUGGGUUGAUGAUGCAAAACUUAAUCAACUGAGGAGGGAAGGCAUCCGCUAUGCCAGGAUUCAGCUGUAUGAUAAUGACAUUUAUUUUAUUCCAAGGAAUGUUGUUCAUCAGUUCAAGACAGUUUCAGCUGUAUGCAGUUUAGCCUGGCACGUUCGGCUCAAGUUGUAUCACUCAGAGGAGGAGAUUGCUCAGAAUACAGAUACUCAUGAAACAGGCACAUCACCAGAUUCCACAUCAUCAAUUCUUCGAUCUCACACUGAUCACAUGAUUUGUGCUGUAAGCAAAACCUCCUUGGAUUCUAAUUUUUCAGACAAACUUCAUUCUAAAUCUGAAUUACAGCAGAUGAAACAUGAACCUAUUGCAUCCGUAAGAAUCAAGGAAGAACCUGUGAAUGUUUAUAUUCCUGAAAAGACUAGAGCACCGAAUAAUAUGGAUGGCAAGAAUGCUAAAGCAAAAUUGGAUCAUGUUCAAUUUACAGAAUUUAAGAUUGACAUGGACUCUAAAUUUGAAAAUAGCAACAAAGAUUUAAAGGAAGAAUUAUGUCCUGGAAGUCUCAUAAGUCUAGUUGAUACAAGGCAACAUAGUUCAGCACAUUCAAAUCAAGAUAGAAAAGAUGAUGACAUUUUGUGCUAAAUUUGUACAUACCAUUUAAAAUUCUUUUUUUUUUUAAAGUUAAUAAUGUAAUAAAGAUUCAUGAAUUCUGAAAGCAAGCCAAGGACUUGCUCCAAGUCUGUUACAAAAUAGAGUUUAUGUAGCUUUGUAACAUUCCUCAGUGCCUGUCCAUAACUGUGAAGUAUCAAAGCACUUAGGGCCAGAUGCACUGUAAACAUUACAGGUUUAAACAAAAGGAGUCUUUAAAGAAUCAUUUGGUUUGGAAUUAUAGGUUUUAGAAUAGAGCUGACAUUAACAUAUAUAUAUAUUUUUUGUAAUAUGAGCCAGAAUUCUUUUUUGACAAUUUAAGGCUUUUCCAUAGAGCUUAUUUAUACCAAUUUUUUUUUCAUUUUAAUGUGUCAGCACUGUAGUGUAAAUAGCUUUUAAAAAAUCUUUUUAGUGUGAUUUAUACUGAAAUGUGAGCCACUUAAUAAAGGUUCAUAAUAAUAAAUAUGUUUUCUCUUGGGUCUGCAAAAACACAAACUGACAAUUCAGUUAAAUCAUUUAUUUGGUCUAUUAUGUUUCUGCUGGUAUAUCAAUUUACAGUGGUAAUGGAGUGCAAAUGUAUGUAUUCAAAUCUAGCGAAUAUUUAAAUUCCCCACAUUGUGUAAGCAUUUUUAAAACCAAGAUUCAGUUAUGAAAGCAUAUUUAUAUAUGUGUGUAUUAUGGGAAUAUAUAGAGAUAUGUAUAUCAUAUUUUGCAUAACUUCUUUCUUAAAUUGCUGAAUAAUAUGAAUAUGUGAAACUUCCUAGCCUCACUCCCGGGAAUACAUUUUAAAAUAUUUAUGUUCAACAUUUAGAAAGCAGUUUAGGUAAUAGAAGCAGUUUUAUGAAGUUGGGGGAAACAAGGUCAGUUAUUGGUAUUUAACACUCAACUCAUGAAGUAACAUGGCCAGAUUACAUUGCCCUAACAUAAAUCUCCAUAGUGUUUGGAAUGAUAAAAAAAAGUUGAGAAAAUUUUCUUACUAAUAGACACCUGUACUAUAUUUAAUAGUAGCUGGGUAAAAAUCUUUAGUUACAGAAUGUUUCAUUGUAAGCAGUUAAAAUCCUCUUUUACAUUUUUCUCAGAGAACAGGAGAAAGUAUGAUAAACCUAAGGGCCAUGACUCAACUGCCAUAUACAGAGAUAUAAUUAACAAAAUAAGAUGUGUUACCUCAGUUUUCUAAGGAUCCUUCUCCCUACCCUAGCAAGGUAAACAACUUAGAAUACUGUUUUGUUUUGUUUUCCCAAAACUCUAGAAAGUAAAAUUAGGGUAGGAAACAGGAUGGCUAGUGCCUAGCUAAAGAUUAAAACAAAUCUCUUCAGUGAUGGACUUCAGCACUAUUUGAGACUGCUUCCACUACUGUAAUUAAAAUCAAACAAAUGUCUUUAUGCUUUGAUAUAAGGAACUCUGCUCAUUGCAAAUUUAUUUUAUCUUUGGUAUUUUUCUGGGCUUAUACUUUGACGACUUUUAACUGAGGUUCUUUGUGUAGUCUUUUGGGUUACUGUUGCUCCUGAAAUUGUUUCUGCUCCAGCCUUGUUUGUGGUACCCCUAAAACUGCUUAUCUUUCUGGGCUAGGGAGAAGCCACUUAAGAGGCAUUUCACCAGAAAAAAAUCAAUUGCAGCAGUGACAUCAUUUCUGGCCCACAUUUUAAAUGGGCUUGGCAAAUAUUGUAGGAAAUCUCAAUGGUUUAUAGGAAAUCAGUAUAUUUGCAAUAUAGGAAUUUUCAUGGGAUAAGGAAAGUAUAAAUCAUGAUAAUGUAAAUAGGGAUUCUGUUUUAUAUGUUAGUUUUAGCCUGCUCCUCAUCACUUUAAUCUUCUUUUUUAAGCUAAAUUUAUCAUUUGCCAUCUACCUUUUGGGGAUAAAAGUUCAUAACAAACUAGUAUUGAGAAAUAGGAGAGCAUGUGGUUAAAAUGUUUUCUUUUUUUAAUUGAAGGGUGAUAUAUUUAACAAUGUUUUAGUUUUAGUUUCCUAGUAGUAUACACAUAGUUGCAUGAGAUCAUACAGUAAUAAAAUGUCUUUAGGGUAUCCCAAAAAUAUUAUAUAUGAGCCUUAAACUUUUAACUAAAAGAAAUAUCUAAAACAACCACAGUGGUUGCUUUUAGGUGUAGUUUCUUAUAUAACCAAUACUCAAAAUUUCUCCAUAUUUUGAAAAUUUAAUGUUUUGUAAAAUGCAUACAUCUCUGUGAUGUAUAUAUGAUGUAUGAAGUGAAAUAUAAAUCAGUGGGCUCAGAUUUCAAGAUAUAGCUUUGUCACCUUGAAUAAUGUUAUAUUCCUUGUCUUAGUGGGUUAUAAUUUUUGAAUCCUCUUCGGAUGCAAUCUAAGAACUUGCUGACUUGGCCUUUGUUAAACACAAAUCAUUUCUAUUUCAAUAUUGCAUUAUUAUUAAUGGUUUCCUAGUAAGUACAUUCCAAACACAAGUUUUUUGUUGAUAUUCCAAUUUCUUGGACCAGAAUGAUAAAGUGCUUAAGAUGUAGUUUCUAUAUGAUCUUAAGCUAUCUAAAUAGUCAUUAUAUAAAGUAUUAAAUUGAUACACAGACCUUAAAAAAAUAAGGUAUAUCAGUGGUGUCUGCUGCAGUGCUUUUUUUUUUUUUUUUUUUUUUUAAUUACUUUGCUUUAUACCCUUUUAGCCAAGAAGUAGAACCUUUUCCAUUCUCAGGUUAGUUGGUUAGCUAGCAAAAGAAUUAAGCAUUUGUGAUAUUUAGUUGAAAACUUUACUAAAGCCAUAUUCAUUACCCUUAACCCUCAGGCUGCUGACCUUAAAUAAAGAUUAGGUUGAUCUGGCACAGAACUGUGUGUGUGCACGCGUGUGUGUGUGCGUAAGAUUAUUGGAAAUAUUAUGUUUAUACCCACAGAUAUUCAUUUUCAGUCCAUUCUAUAACUUUGGGGAAGGGAGGGGUCAGAGACAUUAGGACAAAUUUUAUUUCUUGUGUUAUGUCUUCACGGUAUUUCAUUAGUGUUCCUUGAAAUGGUUUUUUCCCCAAAUAACUUAAGGCAGGUGAGAUCAUUUUUGUAAAUAAUAGAUUAGCAGUGUUUUGUUGGUAAAUUUUCAUUCAGUUAUUUUGUUGACAAGUUUAUUGUCAUGUAAAGCAAAUACCUAAAAAUUCGUUUUACAUUUAGCAAAGAUGCAAGAUUUGAUUUUAGAGUUUGAGAGGAAUUUUCCUUGUCUUCCACCUUUUUAAUAAAUACUAAAAUUGAUAACUGUAAUCUUUUUACCUUUGUUUUGUAAUUAUUUUCUUGUAUUUGACAUUUUCAUUUCAUCAUCUUUAAAAGUUCUUGUUUCUGUCUUCAACCGAAGCCGUAAGAUCUUGAAAGUGACUCCAAUCUGAAUACCUUUUUUUUCUCUUAAAAAUUAUCAAAAGUUGAUUCAUGCCAACCUAGAAUAUUGAGGAUUACCUUAAGCAAGGUUAUUAAACUAGUUAUUUAGUUCAGUGUAGGUGCUGGGAUAGCAUGCUAAAUCACUUCCCUUCCCUCUAGACAGGAUUAUUUCUAUCCUAGGAGGGGCGGACAAAAAUGCAUUGUUUUCAAAGUAUUUUAAGGUGGUAAAAAGUGACAGGAUGGGUUUUAGGUCUUCAGACUGAUAGAAGAUCUGAUUAUUAAUCUUUCUUCCACCUCAUGUAACUAUUUUGAUAUGUAAACAGAAUUUUACUGGUUUUAGAAUGCCUAGUCUAUUUCAUGAAAGAGUUAGUUAUGUUUGACAUGUUUGGCACUGACAGUGUACUUCAGAUAAAACAAUUAAAAGGACAACUUGGGAGAAGUAUAAAUUUCUAUCUCUGCUCUGGCUUUUCUUUCUUUAGCAUAUCUCAGAUGGAAAUCAUUGCUCUUUAGAAUGUCAAGCACAAGAAGAUAAAAGCAGAGAUGCUUUUUUCUUUAAGUUUACAGAUGUUGCAGGACAUAUCUUGACAUAUCUCUACCGGGAGGUCAGAGAAAGGAGGGGAAAACAUCUUGGAUUUCAGGUUAUCUUCCCUUCUAGGACUUCAGACCCAAUCAGGGAGUGUGAGAAUAAAAUGUGGGCAAAUAGGAUUUAUGUUGGUUAGAAAUUUAAAGUGAAAUUAUGACAUACUACUUGUAUGUCUUAUUAUCUGCCUUCCAAGAACUGCACUAUUAAAAUAAUGAGAACUCUGGAUCCUUCUACACAUUUUGAAAUUUAGAAUUUUUUUUUAAAUUUUUAUUUAUUUAUGAUAGAGAGAGAGAGAGAAAGGCAGAGACACAGGCAGAGGGAGAAGCAGGCUCCAUGCACCGGGAGCCCGAUGGUGGGACUCAAUCCCGGGUCUCCAGGAUCGCGCCCUGGGCCAAAGGCAGGCGCUAAACCACUGCGCCACCCAGGGAUCCCCUGAAAUUUAGAAUUUAUGCAUCUAUAUUUUUAAAAUGUUAAAUCUGUACACUUGCCUAUAAAGUUUAUUGCUUUGGUACUACUGAAGACUACAAAGUAUACAGAUUCAGAGACAAGUCAGUAGAGUUGCAAAUAUUUUGCAUAAUGUUUAACAUUUUAUUUGGAUAGGCAAUUGCACAUCCUCCCUCUACCCAAGUUUUUUCUUUCUUUAAAAGUUUUUGUUUUUAACUUAGCCAGACAUUUAUGUGACAAAUCUUGGGUCUGUCUUCUUUUAAAAAAAAAACAAAAACAAAAAAAACCCCAAAAAAGCGUUUCUUCAGCCUGGCUUUUGUUUAUGUUAUUGUUUCAUCUCUCUUUUUGAUGACAAGGUUCUUGGAAAUCUGUCUGCCUUCACUUCCUCAUUUCACUACAAUUUUGUCUUAAUCUUCAGAUUUAAUCACCCAGCUGAAGUGGUAGUCUCAAAGGUCACCGUAUGACUGCCAAAUUCAGUGGCUUCAUUCCUUAAUACUUCUGUUUAAUCCUUUCAGCACUUGUUAGUUUUGUACUCCUUAAAACUCUGUGUAUAUAUAACCUAUCUGUUUUGUUUUUCCAUUUCUUUUUAUUAUUAUUAUUUUUUGCUUUUCCAUUUCUUUGGAUGUCUUCUUCAGCCAUAGCCACCACUAUUUAAAGCAGUCUCAGGUUCUGUCUCUACACUUUGUCCCUGAAUUAUCUUCGUGACCCCAUGACUUGUCAGUGUUGGUUUCUCACUUCAGCUCUAAUGAUCUCUAUAAUCAGAACUAAAUCCUUCUCUUCUCCCUUGCCCCCAAGCAUUAGCUGUUCCUUUCCCUCCUAAUUUGGUUAUUGGCAUCACUAUGUCUCUACCUAGUCAUUGCAAAAGUUACCUGGUUUCUCUUUUCUUCUAUAUACAAUGUAUUGUGAGAUUUUCUUGAGUUGACCCCAGAAAUGUUCAUAAUUUGUCUACUUGUUGUAGAUGUUCACAGCCAUGUUAGAUGUUCAUCUCACCAGGACUCUUAAAAUAUCCCAAAAUGUUCUGGGCUGCCUGUACUCCUCUGCCCCUAUGCCUGUUCCAGUCCAUUCUUUGUUACUACCAGAUUGAUCUUCCUAAGACAGAUAUGAUUGUUACUCUUUAGCUUAGAAAUAUUCUAUGACUGUUUUCCUAAAGAAUAGAAGCCAAACGCUCAGCAUUACACCAAAAAGCCUUCAUGAUAUGGCUUUUCCAGCUUCAUCCAUCACAAUCUUCCAUUAAUGUGCCCAAUUUCCAGCUUUACUGAGUGCCAGUACUUGCCAUUUCUUUUGUGUACUUUAAAAAGUCUUUACCUUUGCUGGGGAAAUCCCUGCUUGGAAUACAACACUGUGAAAUCUUUUUCCGAAACUUUAAACAUCUCUUCUGUGUUUUACUGAGUUUAUGCAUUCCAACUGUCCCCUUUACCCCAAAGCUGGUGUAGAACCAUUUCUUCCAUCUGCUUCUUGUGUCCUUCUGUUCACAUCAUUAAUAUAACUAUUAGUUAAGUAUAUGUUGGGCUCUAGCUAAACCAUGAGCUGUAAGUUCCAAUUUUAUUUUUAUCCCUUUGUGUCCUCAAUGCCUAAUAUAUACACCUGGUAUUCAAUAAAUAUUUGAAGGAACAAAAGUUGCACCUUUACUGGGGUGGGAAAAACUAAUCAUGUAGGUUUCUAUGAUUUAAAAACUCUGCCUCUGACUUUAAUUCAUAAUGUAAUUCUAGAAUUGCAAUAGAAAAGUGGAGAAAAUUCGAUCAGCAGGCACCAUAAGGAGACUAAGUUUCUAUUUGGUACUUCAGUCUUAUGAAUAAGGUUUAAGAAGUACCCCUGUUAAAUAUCUAGGCCCAUUGGGCAAUGUGGAUAAAAUAAGUAUCGUAAAGAUUGCUAAACCUGUAAGACCCAACUUUUUUCCUCCAACGAGAGAUACACUUAUUAUAAACUGAGGAUAAAUUUAAACUAGACUUAAAAUUAUUAAAAUGGCAAAUCUAAGAAGCAGGUUUAGUAUCUUAUAGUCGGAAGCAUGUUUUUAUCAUACUAAGUCUUAUUUGGCAAGAUGAAGUCUCCCUACUGAUAUAAAUAUUCAAAAAUUGGGAAUAUUGAAUGUGAUAACAUGCACCAAUAUUUUUAGUCUAUAUGUGUUCUGUUGCAGGAGUGAGACAAGGACAUAAAGGUGGCACAUUUUCACAGACCUCCUCCUGUAAAGCCUCUGAUAUGAUACUAUGCUGAGAACAUUUGAAUAGUACAGCUAUGGGUAACGAAAGGGGACUAAUAAACUUGUAAAUGUUGAGAAAUCAGUUUUUCCCAUUGGUAAAAAGGUGGGGAGUGGGGGCAGGGAAUACCUAUCUAUUCUGUUAAUUGGUGGUGAGAAUUAAAUCAGAGAACAUGCCAAGUGCUUGCUUAGUGCAUUGGUUUAUAUAUUGUAGACACUACAAAUGUUAGCUUCUGAUCCUAGAAUUAACACAGAAGAGCUAUGUUCUGGGUCAGCCUAAUCAUUUCACACCUUUCUCACUAAUUAUCUCUUCUCUGCAUUCCUCCCUCUAGUUUUGGGCAAAGGAUAGGCAUCUGGGAAGAGGAAAAUGUUUAUCAAGGGAUCAUGAGAUUUGGUGGAAGUAGGUAGAUUUCAAAAACUUACUUCUUCCUAGUUCACUAUUUUGCCCAGGGCCAGCAAUUCAAAAUCAUGUCUUGUUACAGACUGCCCUUUUCUGAUUACAAAUUAGUAUUUGUAGUAUAUAGAUGAUGGCAGUAAAUUUACUUCAUGGUAUAAGAUACCAGUAUGAUUACAGUAUAACUUGAACACAGGACAUGCAAAAUGAGAGUAAAACAUUAAAAUGUAAAGUAGAUCCCUCUCAUAAAAGCUUUUAACCCAAGGUUACCUUAUCUGGCAUUUGGUAACUGGUAUGUAUCUUCCAUGGAUGCCAUUUUUUUUCUUCUGUAGCAAACCAAUUUUGGAAAUAGCUUUUGGAGUUAAAACUUCUCCAUUUUUCAGGGAUCAUGGGCUGAUCUCAUUUCAUUUAUCUGGGCUUUAGUUUUUCCAUCAUUAUAAUGAGGCUUUUUCCCCCUGUUUGUUUUAUCCUGGUUCUAAUAUUAUAAUUCCCGUGUACUUUCACUAUGUCAUUAAUUAUAAGAACACCAACAAUACUUUGAGGACAACUGAUAUUUACUGUGGAAACAUGACCAAUUAAGAUUAAAGGAAACUCGUUUUGUA